AUGGAUCACGACGGCCAGUUCUUCACAGAAAUUAUUACCGAGAUUGAUCCUGAUGCGAUGGCUGAUAAACCAAGCCCUCAGUGCCUACAACAAAUUUCAGGCAAGUGUUUCCAGUACGAACACUUCGACUGGUGUCUCAGCCACCAGAGACUGGCUAUCACAGAUCACGAGUCGGUCUAUGAAGCCAGCGUCAUGAAUGUAUAUUCUUCGAUUGAAGAAUAUCAACGGUUCCUGGAAGACCUCUACAAUAAUUUCGAACAACAGCUGAAUGAAGCAAAGAGUGAGAAACUUUCCUCCUGA